AAUUAAACUAAUUUGGUGUCUAUUCCAAUUUCCAAAGUAUAGUCGGAGAAGGAUAACGGUGAUGGCAAAGUUGUUUAUAAAUAUUUCACCGGCGAGUUUGUUUGUUUGUUUUACGAUGGGUGAAGAAAAAACAGUUUAUUUUCCGGUGGAUGAAGAAAACACAGUUUCUCUUCCGGUGGACGAAGUAAAAGAUGUUUCUCCGAUGAACAAAAAAAUAUAUUUUCAUUUUCCGAUAAACGGAGGAGGAGAGGAAGUUGUUGUAUCUCCGCGGAGCCGAGAUGAUAUGACAGUAUUUGAGAUUCGGGGAUGUAUUAGUUGUGUAUAUAAUGGUCGAUUACUCCCGGAGUUGUUGUGGUGGGUUUUUAGUAGCUUUCCGCCCUAUAGUUUGAGUAUUGCGUUCAAUUAUUUCAUGCCUAUUCCCAUUCAUAUGGUAGUAAUCUUCUGUGUGGCCAACCUUUUCUACAUUACACUUCAAGCCAUUGUCCUGCUCUACCCUUUGUUGAACAAUUAUUGGUAUCCCUACAAAACUCAAUUCCGAUCAAUAGGUCCCAAAGGGAAAUUUAUGAUCGACUUCAUUCCCGCUCUAAUUGCUGCAGCUUUGAGUUUCAAUUUGUUGAAUGAUGCGGACGAUAAGGGGCUAUGGCACUUUCUAGAGUUUAAUUAUGGAUAUAUCUUUCUGCUGUUUGGCUGCACGGGAUAUUUCUACCUUAUUUCUCACUUUAUGCGUAGAGCGUAUGAUAUUAAUGGAAAGGACGUUAUGUUGGGAUUAGCAAUGCAAGUCUUUUGCUUUAUGGUGAUGAAGGGGAUAUUGUUUGUUAGAGUCAUCGCUUUGUGCUUCUGCUUAGGUAUAAGUAUCUAUAGAUACAUGACAUAUUCCGCUCCUCCUGUAUUACCUCCCUGUCCCAAGAUGGAGUCAUCUGAUAUGCUGCCUUACUGAUCUGAACGUGUUAGCGGAUGCCUUUCAUAUAACUUUCUUGCUUUUUUGUUGUUAUUUUGGACGUACUAUAAUUUAUUAGAAUGCCUUAAAUUUUCAGUAAUGUUCGCUCUUACUUUGUUUGCAAUAUAAUAUGUCUUGUUCUAGUCACCUUGUGCCUCUAACGUAUGUAUUUAUAUAUGACAUUUCUUAUGAAGAGCCGUUUAAACUCUAUAUGAUGAGAGGUUAUUUUGC